UUUAUAUGGCAGGAUUGGAUGAUUACGAUUCCACGUCGUUGUUUACAUUUUCUCGUCUCUGAAACCGGUGUUUGUUGAGUUUUGUGUGAUAAAUAUACAAAAUAAUGGCUGUACCAACCACGGUAUCACUAGCACUGGCGUCGGUAUCAGCGGUGCUGAUCUUUUCCGGCAUGCAAAUGUACCGCCCUUUGCUGUCGUCCUCACAAAUGGCCACUAUAUUCGGUGGUUUCCUGGGGUCAUGGUUGUUCAUCCUCUCACUGACCGCGGUGUCUAACCUGGAGGCGGUUGUUCUUGGCAAUGGAUUCCAAGCGAAAUUCUUUCCGGAAGUGCUAUUCUGUUUAGUCGGUGCUCUAUUUGCCUGUGGAAUGGUACACCGUGUGUGUGUAACCUCCUGUAUUCUUUUCUCAAUCGCUGCCCUGUUUUACAUCAAUAAGAUAUCCCAGAAGGUGCACAACGUAACGGUACAAGUGGACAAUUAUGCCGGUAAGAAGAAGAAGAAAUAGACUUGCAGACAUCGUGUGCAACACAUCGAGAGUGGAAUCAAGUGGGUUAUUUCCAUCACUUAAGUGUAAGCCGUAAUUUUAAUGCUACCCCAACAGUCUACAACACUGCAAGAUAUGUACUAAUAAAUUAACACUCUUAUAUGCUCCUUAAUUUGUUUUGCAAUAUAAU